UUUAGAACUCAAAAAAGUAAGACGUGUUUUUUUAGCGUCUCCACCGACUGCAAACAAUUUCUAUUUUGCUUUAAAAAUUCAUUGUUUAUCAACUAAAAAAUUUGUUUUCUGGAAAUGCCUAACGGGAUGGCUCGGGGCUAUCAGAGCUCGGCUCGCGAGCAGUGCAUUAGAAAGAUCGACAUCUGUGUCCACACCUUGCUGCACGCCGUGAAGUGCUCCAGCUGCUCCAACCACAACUGCAGGGUUACAAAACGCGUCAUCCAGCACUCGAAGAACUGCCAACGCAACGCGGUAAGAGGUUGUCGCACCUGCAAGCAGUUGGUCGCCAUCUGCACCUACCACGCAAAGAAAUGUAAGGAGAAGAUGUGUCCCUUAUGCUCCAAUAUCAAGCUCCUAAGGCCGGGUGAAUAACUAACUAAAAAUGUAUUUCUUAUCAAAAUAAAUUUGCUGGUGAGUAGUUUGUGGGAAGAAACUGCCGAGUCUGAAUUUUGAAAAAUCAAUGUUCCACUUUAUGCAUCCUAAAACUAAAUCGAAUCGUUCACCGUUCAAUGUCUUUGUGCCUUUCCAAACCAUUUUCAAAUA